UAACAAUAACCAAAAAAAAAAAAUACUCAACGGAUCUUUCUAAUAUUCAAAAUUAUAUCAACAAAGCAGCAUCCAUCACAUCUGCCAUUGUGAAGAGAUCGUCAUAUAUUCGUCUUGAUAGUUAUAAUUUUGACAAUAAGAUUUCCAGUCGAGAUAACUUCGACCGCUCUGAACCCUAAACUCAAGGGUUUUACCAUCGCCACCGACCACCUCGGUCAGUCCAUCAGUGAGUGAGGCGGGCGUAUAGUGUGUGAGAGCGAGACAGAGGCAGAGAGAGACGCCAACAGUGGGAGCAAGACACAAGAAAGGGAGACCAUUUGGAACCAUUAAGGAAAGGGAACGUAUCCAUCCACAGAUUACGAGACACAUCCCAUUUAACUGUUCUGUUAAUGCAACCGCGUGUGCGUUAUUCUUAAAAGUAAGAGGUAAGACUCAGGCUAGACAGACAACUUCUCCACAGACGGGCGUGGAUAGCACAGGCAAAAAUACACGCAAAGUGAGACUAUAGGGAGACAAAGCUGAACAACUGUAUUUUUUUUUUUUUUUUUACAAAGGGGUGGUGUGUUAUUGUUCACGAGCACAGGUUGACUUCGUUCUGGUCCUAUCCGAAUUCUGAAGUUCCAGUUUCAGCGGGAAACAAAGUUGCCAUGGAAACCGUUCUGCUCUUCCUCUGUACUCUCCUAGUGUAUGUAGCUGCAGACGACCCCAGUGCGCAGGAUGGCAAGGAGAAGGCGGUGGACCCAUUUGACUAUGACUAUGAGAGCCUGCGGAUUGGAGGGCUGGUGUUUGCAGUCGUGCUCUUCACACUGGGCAUCCUCCUCAUCCUCAGCCGCAGGUGCCGCUGCAGUUUCAACCAGAAGCCCAGGGCCCCUGGGGAUGAGGAGGCCCAGGCUGAGAACCUGAUCACCUCUAAGGCAAAAGAAGCCCCUAAAACUGAGAACUGAGGCAUCCCUUCCAGAUGGCAGACCACAUAUCUUUCACUCAGUCUCGUCUGAUGAGGAUGAUGAUGAUGAAGACACCGGUUCUACAUUACAAGAAGAGAAGGGAUGGGGUUUUAAGAUUUAAGAGUUUUUUUUCCUGUAAAUAGAGCUCUUAUGUCCUGUCUUGUGACCAGUGACCACGUCCGUCUGUCUGUACCCCGUACGUAGGUCCACCUUAGCCAUGCUAGCCAGUGACAAUUUAGCAAUGUCUCUCACCGUUGGGCCCUGAACACACUUCACCAACUUCAGUUGUCCUCUGUUGUACAUUUUUACUUGUUU